AAGAAAUCGGUACCAUUCUUAUGGCUCGCCGUUAGAGCUUCUUCGCUCACUGAUCAGGAAGCGUUAACAUGGGAUCCGGCAGCAGCCAUCCGGUGACACCACGUCCUGCAACACCAGACCGACAACCUCAUCGUCGUGCAACUCACGGAUCCCCAACCGAUGGUCGACGUAUCGCAGAAACCCAGAGUCCCACUCCCAGCUGGUGGUCUCCUUGGAGAGCUAAUCGACAAGUAAGGUAUUCCGUGGACGACGCCCUUACAGCCAGCGCUGUUCCUCCUGGCGACAAGGUGCACCCAAAUGAAACGAUUCUUUUCGGACAAAAAUCACCCGAAUCAGAAUUACGUUUGGAACUGGUAAAUAGCCUGGUUAAAACAUGCUACCCGGGUUCCUUCAGAUCAUUUCGGCAACCAUACUACACAUUUGGUUAUCAUGGAGUACGAAUAACUGCAAGUUCAACACGGAAUUUUGAAUUGGAUAGCAACAUCACCAGGUCAUCUUAUAAUAGGCCAAAUAUAUGUGACAGUCCUAUUCGGAAGAGACAAUCAUCUGGCGAAAUUAUAUCAAGCGGAUCAUUAUUUGAUCGUGACAUCGAGUAUAAUAUCUAUCGAUCGAAACAUCUUCAGUGCCCUGUUGCAAAAUCAAGAAUGCGAUACGUGAAGGUUGUACGUGGCGCCGUGAGUGUGCCGGAUCUCUCCAAAGUACCGAUACGAAGUGCACUCAAAGGCGGUCGGAAUCCAAGACACGCCAGUCUCACACGGGGAGACAACUCAGUAAUACCCGAGAUGCCCUGCCUCGAAGAGAGCCCAGAUUGUCCAACCUCCUUAACAUUCACACUGUCAACACCGCAACAACUUUCCCCCAUGGCCUCUUUCUCGGAUCCGGGGAAUUUCGGAAUUGAUAAUUUGUCUCCGGUAACAAGCGAUGGUAUUGGUUCCGCACCUGCUUCACACCCAGAUGUCUGUUCCAUGCCAUUCUUCUUUACCGCACCUAAAAAAUCUCCUGGUAGCCCAGUACUGACAUCGGGAAACGCCGAGCACAGACCAUCGCGGAACAAGUGUAUAGUUACAGUGCACGACUCAGAAGAGCAAAACGUUGAUUCGCUGCUUGCAGACGCACAAGAGGAAGAAGUAGAAGAUAUAAUCCAUAGCCCUGGGCAAGAUGAGCACAGCUUCUUGGAACCUUUUCAGACGAAUUUGGCAAUGAAUCAAUUGGACAGUCCAUUUGAUGAUGAAGGAGUCAGUUGCGACUGGACUCCGCGGCUCCACUCCAUCCCACUACGUCGGGACAGUCUUGGCCCAUUAUUAGACCAAGAAGAAGACCUACUCAACCCUUCAAGAGAAUGGAAAGAAAACCUUGCUCUGCCGCAUCCGUCCAAAUACCGAUCCAACUACGAGAGCUGUGCAUACCCGGAGGAAACCGAUGAUGCCAACCCAGUUAGUCAAAGUGCCGAGGUUCCCAUCAUUGAGGCCUUACCGCCAGUUUUGUGCGCUGCUGGCUACGGGCCAGUUGGACAAUUCCUUGAAAAGUGGUUACCACACAAGAUAUUUCGGGAAUACUUAUUGCGCACAGAUGAAUCGACAGAUGUGUCAAGUGAAGUGUUAUGGCAAAGACGGAAGUGUUUAUUUUACGAGUUGGCAAAGACUUCCAUCAAUUCAAUGGAAAGACUGCCCACGCGUGAGGCGCUGUAUAUACGUUUUUCUCGCUUCGUGGAAGUGAAGGAGCUGGAACCAGAGGAUCGAGCAACUGACAAGACGUGGAUGCGUUUAACACCGACAGACAAGGCUCUCAUUCGGCAGGAACUGAACGAUUACAAACUGGCCGAAAUGUCCGUCCACCAAGACAGCCGGCAAUACACAAGAUUUCACCCCACUUGAGAAUGGAAUGUAUCGACCGGUCAGCCUGUCUUCACCAUGUGAAUAGCUUCUAUACGAAACAACUUGCAUCUGAAAGCCCCAGGUCCGUGCAUGGCGACAUGGAUCCUUCUUAGUUGCGGCUUUUCGUCAUUUAUGUUGGAUCGUCUACUGUUUGAAAUGAAUAAAAACCAAAUUAAAAAUGUCUUCA